CCCUUUUAUUUUACACCGCCAUUUGUAACGUAUCUGCGUGAACAGUUUGCAAAUUGUUUGGCACACCAAAGUUGCAAAUUUAGAUCUACAGGAGUCCUGGUGUUUCUGUAUAAAGAUGUCAAGAAGGAGAACAAGCAGGACUAAAUUUGCAAAGACAGAACAGACUGAAGAAAAGUUAAUUGAGGAUGAAAAUAGAAAGAGUGUGGACUGGAGGGAUUCGAAGACUGCUGGACAAUGUCUGGAUCAGCUUUGUCUGUCUGAGCAGCUGUCUGACAUAAGUUUUACCUUCAAGGACGACCAAAAUGUGAAGCUUCCUGCACAUAAACUUGUCUUGAGCAUGCGCAGUUCUGUUUUUGAAGCCAUGUUCUAUGGACCUCUGGCAGAGCGUGGAAGUACAGUUCUCAUUGAAGAUAUCAAACCAGACGCCUUGAAAAUUGUUCUAAGGUUUAUAUAUUCCGACAGUGCAGAAUUGAAUGGAAAUAAUGUUCUGAGCUGUUUGUACGCAGCCAAGAAAUAUUGUCUUCAGGGGCUCAUAGAGAAAUGUUCUGCAUUUCUUGAAGAUCACAUUGAUGCUGAUAAUGUGUGUGAAGUUCACGAGCAGGCCAUAUUCUAUGAUAUGAAGUCGUUACAACAGAAAUGUUUUGAUUUUAUCCUUGAAAAUGCUUCAGAUGUAUUCCUGUCUACAAGUUUCCUUGAUUUAUCCCACAAUACACUAGUCAGUCUUUUGAAAAGUGACAAACUGUCAGAAGAUGAGGAGAAUAUAUUCUCUGCAUGUGUGAAAUGGGCCAGAAAUAAAUGUAAACUCGACAACAAGGACCCUUCCGCAGAAACUCUACGGGAAACACUUGGGGACGCUUUGUACAACAUUCGUUUUCCUGUGAUGUCAGUGGAAAAAUUUGCUACUAUUGUAACUCCCAGUGAAAUCCUUACAAGCACAGAUCAGAUAAUGCUAUAUCAGUAUUUUGCAACAAAUGGUUCCUCACCAUUAAAUAAAUUUACGAGUCGUAAGAGAAUGGGCAAAGUUACCACUUUAGAUGUCUCUAAAUAUACAGCCAAUGUUAAUGAUAUGUUCCAGGAAUUUUGUUUACGGUUUCGACGUACUAAAGGUUUGCCACCAUUAAAUCACGGAAGAACUAUUGUUCGAGUUAAAUCUUUGACUGGUAAAUUUGUUCCGGAAAUACGACGUGUUACUUUUAAAUGCAAUAACUGGGAAGGAAAUCUCAGAUUUAGUGCCAACGGAAAUGAAUUAAUCUUUCACACACCGAUGCAUAUUACAGAUAGUUGUUGUUUUGAGUUUACUGGAGAUGUGCCGCAUACAGAAUUUCACUCUUUUUCCCAUUUCAAUAAACUGUUGUCCAUAGGCCUAAAUAAGAGGAAAGAAGUGAAAGGGGAGACAAUUUACAUCACUCGUAUUCCAGUUGGUUUGAAGAGUAUUUCAUUUGUAUAAUAGUUGUCAAAAAAGGGAAGUCUUGUACUGAGUCUUAUUGAGAAAUCGGGAAACAGUCAAACCAUUGUUUUUAGCUCGACUAUUCGAAGAAUAGGGGAGCUAUCCUACUCGCCCCGGCGUUGGCUUGAGCGUCACUCAAAUGUUAAAGUUUGCGUACCACCCCAAAUAUUUUCAAAGUCCAUUGAGAUGUUGCUUUCAUAUUUUGCAUACUUGUUUACCAUCAUGACCUCAGUCUGUAUAAAGGAGGAGGCAACUCAAUCAUGCAUUUUGACUGAAUUAUGGCCCCUUUUCGACUUAGAAUAAAUGUUAAAGUUUGCGUACCACCCCAAAUGUUUUCAAAGUCAAUUGAGAUAUUGCUUUCAUAUUUUGCAUACUUGUUUACCAUCAUGACCCCAGACUGUAAAAAGGAGGAGGCAACUGUAUCAAGCAUUUUGACUGAAUUAUAACCCCUUUUCAAAUUAAAAUAAAUGUUAAAGUUUGCGUACCACCCCAAAUAUUUGCAAAGUCCAUUGAGAUAUUGCUUUCAUAUUUUGCAUACUUGUAUACCAUCAUGACCUCAGUCUGUAAAAAUGAGAAGGCGACUCUAUCAAGCAUUUUGACUGAAUUAUGGCCCCUUUUCGACUUAGAAUAUGCUUAUUGUAAUGUUAAAGUUUUACUCAUUGCUUAUAUUAUACUAUCAAGCACUGAGAAUAGUCGAGCGCGCUGUCCACUGACAGCUCUUAUUUUGUGUCCCCAUCACUGAGUGGAGGGGGCAUAUAGGUUUGGUCUUGUCCGUGCAUCUGUUCGAAAAAAGUUUGUGACAUGCCUAGCUCAAAAGGUAUUUGAUAUAAAUUGAUGAAACCUUGUACGAGUCUGUAUCAUGAUAUCAACUUGGGCACCUUCAAUUUUCGUCUGGCUCCACCCCCUAUUUCUAGAGUUAUGGCCCCUGAAAUAGUCAGAAAUGCAGAUUUUCACCUUAUGAUAUGCUUAGCUCAAAAAGCAUUUCAUAUAAAUUGAUGAAACCUUGCAUGAGUCUUUUUCAUGAUAUAAACAUGGCCCCUGAGAUAGUCAGAAAUGCACAUUUUCACCUUGUGAUGCACCUAGCUCAAAAAAUAUUUCAUAUAAAUAGAUAAAACUUUUCAUGAGUCUUUAUCAUGAUAUGAACUUGCGCAUCUCCUAUUUUGCAUCUGCUUCCGCCCCCUAUUACAAGAGUUAUUGUCCCUGAAAUAGUCAAAAAUGCACAUUUUCAUCUUGUGAUGUGCUUAGCUCAAAAAGCAUUUCAUAUAAAUUGAUGAUACCUUGCAUGAGUCUUUAUCAUGAUAUGAAUUUGCGCACCUGCUAUUUUUCGUCUGCCUCCGUCCACUUUUUCCAGAGUUAUUGUCCCUGAAAUAGUAAAUAAUGUACAUUUUCACCUUGUGAUGCGUCUAGCACCUGGAUAUAAAUUCAUGAAACCUUGCAUGUGUCUUUAUCAUGAUGUAACCUUGCACACUUGGCAUUCUUCUUGAGAUUUUAGCACUAAUUACAGAGUUAUGGCCCUUGAAAUAGCCAAAAUAGUGGAUUUUUUGUUUGUGAUGCUCAUAGCUCAAAAAGUAUAUGGCCUAGAAUAAUGAAUCCUUUAUAUAAAAUGUUUGUUGAGGCUAUACCCCAUUAAGACUGCAAACAUUUGGAUUAUUGCCCCUUAUUUGUGACAAAUGUACCAGUGGGGGCACACCCUGUGUCUUGAAGACACAUUCUAGUUUUUCUUUCAUGUAGGAUAGGUUAAAGGGGCACUUCUGGAGAUCUAUUCAAACAUUUUCAUCAGUUUAUAAAUAGAAAUAAAAAUAAUCUGAUUUAUUGAGCAGUAGCCUGUAUUCAUUUAUAAAACAUUCUUUUUAGCUCACCUGUCACGUAGUAACAAGGUGAGCUUUUGUGAUCGCCCGUCGUCCAUUCACAAUUUCUUGUGAACCCGAUAGAGACCACAGUUUGCAAUCAAUUUUUAGCCCACCAUCAUCAGAUGGUGGGCUAUUAAAAUCACACUGCGUCCGUGGUCCGUCCGUCCGUUAACAAUUUCUCGUUAUCGCAUCUCCUCAGAAACUACUGGGGGGAUUUUGACCAAACUUUGUCAGAAUGAUGUAUUGGUACCCUAGUUGUGUCCCCCUGAAAAUCAGACUGGUUCAACUAUUUAUGAGUAAGUUAUGGCCCUUUGUUUAUUUCUAUAUUUUACAUAGAUUUAUAUAGGGAAAAACUUUGAAAACCUUCUUGUCCAAAACCACAGAGCCUAGGGUUUUGAUAUUUGGUUUGAAGCAUCAUCUAGUGGUCCUCUACCAAGAUGAUUCAAAUUAUUUCUCUGGGGUCAAAUAUGGCCCCGCCCUGGGGGUCACAUGGUUUAUAUAGACUUAUAUAGGGAAAAACUUUGAAUAACCUCUUGUCCAAAACCACAGGGCCUAGGGCUUUGAUAUUUUGUAUGUGACAUCAUCUAGUGGUCUUCAACUAAGAUUGUUCAAAUUAUACCCCUAGGGUCAAAUAUGGCCCCGCCCUGGGGGUCAUAUGGUUUAUAUAGACUUAUAUAGGGAAAAACUUUGAAAAUCUUCUUGUCCAAACCACAAAGCCUAAGGCUUUGAUACUGGUAAUGUAGCAUCAUCUAGUGGUUCUCUACCAAGUUUGUUCAAAUUAUCCCCCUAGGGUCAAAAAUGGCCCCGCCCCGGGGGUCACAUGGUUCAUUAUAGACUUAUAUAGGGAAAAGCUUUUAAAAUGUUCUUGUCAAUAACUACAACAUUCAAAUUUGGACC